AUGAAGCCCGAGCUCGCAGCUUCCACACACCCGACGUCAACCGAAAUCUUCGGCUCCUCCCGAUCGCACCCCCGUUGUAGUCUGUUCUCGUCGGGUUGGGGCUGGUGGGGUGAUUAAAAAGAUAAAGAAAAAAAAACAAAAAACAGCCCACUUCAUCUCUCCUGAGCCCCUCCCAGUCCUCCGAUUUUUGGAUUCGUGGCUUAUCAAAGAGACCGACACAGCAAGAUGAACGCCGUCGGGGCCACGCUGCUCUGCGCUCUGCUCUGCACCGUCGUCUCAGCAUCCUCAAAAGUGAAAGAAGAGAAAAAAACAGCCUUCUUCGGCGAGCACGUUCUCAUCAACGUGCCGUCCGGGGACGCGGUGGAGGUGGUGUUCAGACCCAGGACCAACCAGUCCCAGGAGCUGCCCCUGCUGCAGGCGGGCCGCGUGGCCAACGGCUCCAAGGCGCAUUUCAAGUCUCCCGGCCACCUGGUGCUGAUGGACGCGCAGGAGGAGGACGAGGGCGUGUACGUCAUCCGCAGGAACUCCAGCGUGGUCAAGCGCUUCAUCCUGACCGUCCGGGACUGCGCGUUGGAGCAGAUGGUAAAGUACGGAGAAACCUACGCCAUCCACCUCAAGAACACCGCGGGCCCCAUCACUCUGGAGUUCAGGCCCACUCUGGUCAGAAUCAACCGGACGGCCGUUCAGCACACCUCGGAGCCGCCGCCGGUGGUGCUGUACCACAUGACAGCGGUGCUGGGAGAGGACUACGUGGGGCGUCUGUUUGUGUCAGAGAAGCAGGUGACCCUGCACUCGGUCAGGAUGACGGACGAGGGGAGCUACACCGUGCUGGACCGCGCAGGCGACAUCAAGAUGAGGAGCUGCCUGAACGUCAGAGAUCACCAGAAUUUCCUGCACCUCACCAGUGGUGACAACCUGAAGAUGAAGCUUUACCAGCCGUACUCCAACGUCAACAUCGCCUACAGGUCCGUAUCGGACAGCCACGACCGGCUCAUUGUGGACCAGGGGGUUCUGGUGACACCGCAGGACCCUCAGCUGGACGGCAGGGUGUUUGUGCAGGGCUCGGAGCUCACCAUGAAGAAGGUCAACACGGCAGACACCGGGAUCUUCAAAGUGACGGACCUGGCGGGAUUCACUGUGGCUCACGUGCACCUGACUGUAGAAAGGUACAGGAUGCCCACCCUGACCGUGACCAUCCUCGCGCUGGUGGGGCUGAUCGCCUUCAUGCUGCUGGUGUGCCUGCUGUCCUGUAUCUACAAAGUGCACAAAAGGAACCAAAAGAACAAGAAGCUGACGCUCAUUGCUCAGCAGGCGGGAAAGGGAGAAGGCGAAAACUUCAGACAGGUGGUCCACGAGGCUUACAGCAGAUUUACCGAGGAGUCUCUGAUGCAGUCUGUGUCUGACAAACCCUCCGAGUGCACAGAGGUCACCAUCAAGGGCCUGGAAGUGUCCAAACCCGGCCGCUACCAGGCUCUCUCCUCAGACAACUUCCUGGAGAUGAGUGACUCUGGAGUGGAGUUCACCUCGUCCGCCCACCCGCUGGACAGCGACACCGAUGGCACCGUGACCUACGCCUCCCACAAGCCCCUCCUGAACGCCAUGUCCCCCCCGGCCGUGACCGAGGCCGUGCACUCUGACAGCCUGGAGGCCACCGCCGUGCCCGACGGGGAACUCAGCGCCGCCCGGACCCCCGACUCCAUCCUGAGCGCCAGCCCCGCCACCAACCCCCGCUCGCUGGCGGCGACCACGCCCGACGGCAGCCUGCAGGACGCCGCGUCGCCGGGAGCCGCCUCCAGGGGCACCGCUGAGUCAGACUCAGCCAAGACGGACGGCGGCGCUGAGGGCGGAGAGAGGGAGUAAUCGGCUCCUAGCGACCCAUUUUUUGGCUCACGUCUCCUCUAAAACGACAACGUGGCAGGAAAUGUUUCAAAUUCAGGCACUAGCAAGUCUUUGGUCACCACACUUGAAACAACAACACAGACAAAAAUGAUGAUGCUUGGAUGCUCAGUGUUGCCCAUGAGUAAAAUAACUUGCACAAAGUUCACACUAUAUAAUUUAAUGCACACUGCACAGAAAGUCAAAUGCAAAAGAGCAACUUUGAGCUCCGUCAAAAGAACAAAGCAGAUCUGUGCAUUAAAACUGCAUGCGUUUCAAUUAAUUUACUAAUUAAUGGAAGAAACUAUAAUAGAUCAGAUGUAGAAAAAACAAUGCAGACAUUAGAGUAGACUGCAUGCAAGCUUCGGAGGGUAAUGGGAAAGGAGUGAGACCUUCUCAGGAGUUAAAUCACAUCAAAUGAUUUAUUUACGGUCAAAAUAUUCUCGAUAAAUAAAAGAAACAAGUAUAUUACAGGUGCUUUAGGGUGACAGAGUUAAAAUAGUCCGAAGGAGUCGCAGCAAGGCUGCAAGCAUCAUCAGCAAAGAGGAUCUCCCCCUUGGGGUGAAUCUGGUGUUGUAGUUUCUGAUGGCUCGCUGCAUCAGACAAACACUGCGAUGAUUGCAUCUCAACCCGCCCCACUCACUCUGUUUUUAACAUCCAGAGUAUGCCAGGAUACAUUCCUUCAUCUCAGACAAAAUCGCUUGUUUCAGCACCCGCUCAUCAUAUACAGAAAACCAUCUUUGAGGUGUUAUUUCUCUAAAAAUGUGCAAAUUGAGCUCGACUGAGUGGCACCACCCGUCCUCAAGUGCUGCCAGUUGUUUUUUUAUGUAUCACAUAUCAAAUCUGCCACAUACCAAGUCUUCAUCUGGAGAAAUCUGUCAAAACAUUCACCUCAACUCACUCUCGCAAAACACCAACGCCUGAAAAAAAACAACAACCAAAAAACCCAACCGUGAACUGAAAAACUGUCCUCGCCUAGUUUUAUCUUCCUCUCUUGUGAAAUCGUCUCUCGCUCCAGGAAGAAGUGAAUAAAAUGUAUUUCUGGGAAUUUCUGAGAGGCUCUCGCGAGGGUAAUUGGACUCCCCGUCUCCUUUGCAGAUGAAUUCACGGACACCGCAGAGUUAUAAAAGACACGGCGGGGAUGAAACUAAGUACUAUUCGGGGAACAGACAAAUGACUUGCGUGACUCAAAGCUUCUUCUUUCAUCUGGGCUCAUACUCGUCGGGCAGAGCUCUGAUCACUGUCGCCCAGUCGCUUUCCACAACAAAGUAUAUGCAGUUGGCUCAGUCUGUGAACAGGACUGAUGAUGUUUGUAUGGAAAAGAGAGGGGUGGAGGUGGAGAUUCAUUCAGCCAACGAUGUUAGUGCACAAAGAGACACUAUUAAUAAUGGGACGUAAAAAAAGGAGACUUCUUAGGAUGCUGAAUUCAUCGGUUAAUGGGGAUGGGAAUCGAGAACCGGUUCUUGUGCAGAACCGGUUCCCAGUGUUUUCAAUUCCUUGGAAUUGUUUGCAAAUUUUGAAAAUGAUUCCCUUUUCAAUUCCAGUGAGCAGGAAUGACGUCAUCAUGCACGUAGGCGGCAGUCAAUAAUAAACAUGGCACCCAAGCGAUACAAAUGCUCGAAAGUCUGGUUAUAUUUCAGUAAAAAAGACGACAACAGGGCAACUUUCCAUACUUGCCAAGUGGAUAUUUCGUCAAAGGGUUAGGGAUGCAGAUUUGCAAAAUAUACAGUUUGAUUGGAUUUAACUUGAUAUUAUUUGUCACUGGCUGACAGUUUUAUUGUUGAGUGCUCAGUUCAUAUCAUUCUCCUUUUAAAAAGGAGAAUUUUUAUUUCUAUUAGAAAAAGGUUGGACAUUCUAGUGGAAUUGCCACAGAAUAUUUAAUUUAAUACUAUUUAAAUGUUAUAUUGGUGAUGUUUGGUGAACUUUUAUUGUCCUUUUUUUCUAAAUGAGAAUCAAUAAGGGAAUUGAUAAAGAACCGAAUUGUUAAGCAGAAUCGAAAAUGGAAUUGGAAUCGUAAAAAUCUUAUCAGUUCCCAUCCCUAUCGGUUAAUGAUUUCAAUAGCAGUAAUAACACAAAUGGAGAAUCUUGUCCUCUAUCAAUCCUAAAGACAAUCAAAUCUGUGUCAACGACACAUCCAGUAAUGACAUCACAAGGGUGUCACACUCGGCAGCAAGUACAGCGCUAACAUACAGAAUCAAUACGUUGCCAACAAAUCACAAGCAGAUUGGUUUUUUGAUAUGAACUCUCUAAAUCUGGACAGGAAGUUGCACAGAUUAGCCUUUAAAUACCAUCCUUAGAGAUCCUAUAUCUUCUGAGCAUGACCCGGGGGAAUUAGCUGUCCCUAAACAGCAUAAAAAUGAUCAUUGAUUUUAACAAUGCAAUAAAUCAAGAGCAUUUGAAGAGGAGCAAUGGUGACGAGAUUAGGCUGUCAUCAUUCUGCUGCCUUUGACUCAUUAGAUUUCCUUCCUCGGUGUGGAGGACCAUAAUUCAGGUCAGAAGGUCUCGUUUCUGUCUCUUGAUGAGAGCCAGACCCAUCGCGCUGCCGAGGAAUCUCCAUCCGACCACGUCCUCUCCUCCAUCGCCUCACGUCCUCUGAGAUACAGCGAUAAGAAGCUCUGAUCCCGUCUACGCCUCACGUCUACGUCUGUAACCGGUACAGCAACCUAACGGCAAAACUAGAGCGACGUCAGUCUGGACAUGUGAAGGGGCCACCUGUAACAUACAGCGUAAAUAUUUCAGCCCAGUUUCACCACAGGCAACUUUCCAAAUGCGUUACUCUCUGUUGAUUAAUAUGUAGACUAAAUUAGUGUUUACAUUUGAACUUCCCCCUCUUAAAAUGUAACUCUACAUUAUGUAUCUACUGAACUCUAACCCUAAACCACCUGCAACUGACAGUGAAGUUGGAAAAAGAAAAGUCCCUGGACAAGACGGGUUCGGUUAGAGGAUCAAACUCUGCAGUGAAACUGCUGCAUUUGCUUCAUGGACAAACAUAUCAAUCAAUCCUGAGUCUUUUUCUUGUCUGGAAGCAAAAAGCACAAAAUUUAGCAUGCCGUUCUUUUAAACCACAAAUGAGGGGGACGUUUUUUUACUAAACUGGCCGGAAAAAAGAGAGACAGACGCAGCUUCAGUAAAUGCAACACAGUAAACCGACCUGCAAAAAAUGGUUUGUUGCCUUCUCAUUCAGGAAAAUAUAAUUAGAUUGAAUCUUUAAGCAUUGUGUAUGAAACUGAUGUAAAAACCCUUAAAAUAUAUAGAAUAUUUAUAUCGAAAUUAUUAGAUUUUUCAGGGAUAUGCUUUUUAAGAGUCUUGGGAUUCUUGGCUGAAUAUUCACACUGAAAGGAAAGAGUAAAGGUCCUAAAGGUCCUAAAGGUCCUAAAACUGACUAUUCCUAUCUGUACGUGUUACACCAAGGAAUAACAGAUGAACAUAUAAAUAUUAAGCAAUAUAACUGAUAAACGCACUGAGACAUCACUUACACUCACAUGUCAGUAACUGGAUGUAGCACAUCUAAGCAAAGGCCACUCUUAGUUAUCUGUUUUUUACUCUUGUAAAUAUCAUUAUAUGAUCUGCAUGAAGUGGAAAUACCUAUUUAUUAACGCAAGGCAUAUGCAAGUUUGUUUUUUUUACAAUGAAAUUGCUGCAUUGAUCCUUUACGCAUGAGUCUGCUUUAUGACAUGUACAUGUCUGGGUUGCUGCGAUGUUGUGUGCGGUCCUUUCAUCAAAGCUGGCCUGGGCGGGGAGGAGGGUGCCCGCUGCUGCUGUAGCAUCGGUAGCGUUGCUGAUUUAAUCGGAGCCAUUUGGAUUCUGCCUCCAAGGUUGGGCAAGAAAAGUAGGACCUGCAACUGACUGCAGAAAUCCAGCACUUAAGACACUUGACUGAUGCAACCGUUCCACGGCUGGAGGCUGGAGGAGGAGGUACUCAUCAUUUCUGUUUUCAUGCUCAGUUAAAUCACUUGUGUUUCCUAACAAUGAGCACUUAAUGACUGACAUGCACCGUGCACGUUCCUUUGCUCCCCUCUGCAUGACUUUCAAAGUUUUACAUUUCAGUGGGAUUGUUUUGGUUCGCAUCUCCUCCAGAUUUUGGUUUUUGCAGAUGAGGUUUGACUCAACACUCAUUCAAUAAUGUCUUCUGUUUUAAUACAAGAUGGGAUGUUUUGCUGAACUAAACCCAACGAGUUCUUCACCCUGAACGGUCUUUAAUGCCUAAACCUAGUGGGAGGUGAAAAGACGUUUCAGACCAGAACAUCAUUUUGCUCCUUAACAGCAUUUCUGACUCAUUUUAUAUGCCAUUAUUUAACUUUUUUAACCUCUUUUGCAUGUCAUUUUUAAAUAUUUAAAUUGCACAUAAAUAAUAAGGGGGAAAGUUCUAACUAGGUAAUUAUAAUAUAAUCAUUGUGUAUUGUUUGUUUGCAAUGACAAACAAACGAUACACAAUACUGAUGAGACAUUUGACUUAUUGUCUUAUUGAUUUAUAUUCUUUUAUAUGACUUUUUUUACCUGCUUUUUCUUAAAAAGCAUUGUAAUCUCCUUUCCCAUUACUUGUUUGUUUACAAACAGAUAAGAAAUAAAACAGAGGAGUAAAGUGUGAUGUAGGUCGGACAUGUUGUAAACGCCGAGCGAUGCAGUUUAGGAGUUUUAAUGAAGACCCUCCCUGUUUUGCGCACAGAUCUCAAAGCUAAUUAGGUAGAUAGUUGUCGUUGUUUCCAUGGCAUUUCGAGCAAAGGGGCAAAAAUCACUGCAAAUCCAGCAGUUAAGAAAGGGAUGUUUUCCUCUUCUCUCCUUUCUCUUUUAUUGGCUUAUGGAUCUGUUUUCAUACUUUUGCGCUAAAUGUUUGCUUUCUUGUGUACAAAUGUAGCAUUUAAUCCCCAAAAAUUUGUGAGGUGAAAAGGAGGCUCAUUUGGAUCUCAGCGUGAACCUGCCUGCUCACAUCGAAGCAGUUACAGCUUUUAUGAAAGGAACUCAUUUUCUGUCAUUUGCCCUCCUCGCAUCUAUGUUUCAUUAUUUAUCCGAGCACUAAUGUUCACAAGGGUUAGAGAAAAGGUUGUUUCAUGCCGGGCGUGUUCAGUCUCCUCUUAGUCUACAGUGCUCUGCAAAGCCAAAGAAUAAUGGAAAGCUCGAUCUCUGCUGUGAGGCAAUGAGCCCACACCCCCAAUCAUCACAGGACAUUUGCUUUAACACACAAUUGUUGUUAAUCAACAGGAGUUCCUGUCUGAGAUCAAUUAAAAUCAGUUUUCAAUUAGUUGCUUUUUGAUUGAGUGUCAUGAUUGUUGAAUGGUCAUCAGAGAAACAUGUUGAAAACCUAAAAAGUACAUUUUCUGGUUAGCAGCACUGACUCCAGGCUCCUCCCGCGGAUUAUUUAGAAGUAGUUUUUUCUGCUCGGAAGUAGUUUUGUAAUCGCACGGCCGUCCAGCACCAGAGAAUGUUUUUAUACGAGUCAGGGAAAACAAGGACAUCAUUACCUGUCAGAUUUUGUUUCGUGUUCCUAUAUUUACUCUGAUAUAGCCUGCACCCGCUGUCCCACGCACACCUCGCCGCUAGAGUAGUCGCAGCAUGCUGACCUGUAGAUCGCUUGUGGGGCUGCAAGCCUGAUAGAAAUUAAUAAUGAUAUGUAAUGCACUUUUCUGUACAGCCAACCUCCCGAUUCCAUCCUGAUCCCUGUUUCCCAUGAUGACCUCGCUCUUUCCCCAGCUCUUUUAUGUCUCUAUAUAAACGACAGAGCUGUUUUCCUUCGGAUGGAGCUGUUUAUUAUUGUUCAGAGUGAGGUGACUGAUGAAUAUAUGAAACAUAAAAAACAUAUUGGAUUUCACUUAUUUUAUUGCUUUCUUCAGUCACGAGGGGUAUUGUCGUUGUCAAUAUUACCGUAACUGCUUUGAUAUUUACACAUUUUUUAUUAUUUUGGUGCAAGAAUAGUUUUGCAUCUUGAUGUGAAUAUUAAAUGCAUGUUUUGCCACUUGGUGUUACAGUUUUUGUUUCGUUUCAAAUGGGGGGGAAAUAAUUUCAAUUAUAUAAUUAAAGCUUCUUUUUAUCACAUUUGAAAAAUUUGAAAACGUGUUUUUAUCAGAUUUAAGAGUUUGUCUCUAAGCUAUGUUGGGUUGGAAGAUUCUACAUGUUUGUGCUGAACACUGAAGUCCAGAUUAAGCCAAAUUUACUGUCGGUGAACAUAGAAACAUUGAGUUUUAUUAAAGGGAGCAUGAUCUUGUGAUUUGCUUCUCUUCAUCACAGUCUUUCUUGUCACAUGUUCUUACUUAUCUAAUAAUUCAGAGCUAAUUUCAUUUUGUUUCCAAAGCUGUACGUUAUUGACCUUUACAAUACUCCGGGAUCCUUCAAAACAAGCUUGUUUGUUUGCUUGAACAGUACAUCACUCCUUGUUUAUAUACCGCCGUCUAUAUGAGAUCUUUUGGCAUCCUGCACAGACUUUUGUAACCCUUCUCUUUUUUCUGGAUUGAAUGACGAAUUCCAAAUAAAUGAAUUUUCAA